AUUAUCCAAAACCCAAUUGUAUAAAAUUCACCUAAUUUCACUUCUUUCUUUAAACCAAUUUAGUUCAAUAAAAUUAUACAAGAAUGAUCCAUACACAUCUCUUAACUUCACCAAAUUUCACAUUUUCCACAACAGUUUUAUAAAUUUUAUUCAAAAAUCAUCCUCACCCAUGUCUUAAAAACAUUAACCAAAUUUCACUAAUUUUAUUUACACCCAUCUCAUAAAUUUCCAAAAUUUCACUUAAAUUUCACAACUUUCAUCAAAUUAUCCCAGAAUUAUACAUACCCAUUUCAUAAAUAUCACUUCAAUCCAAUAAAAAUUGAAUCUUUUUUUCAUAAGAAAAAUAAAAAAUGCAAGAUUCACCUCCGCCGGAAAACACCAACCACCGUGGCCGGAGCUGCGAUUUCUGCAACAAUUCGCCGGCAAUUCUGUACUGCAGAGCUGAUACAGCUAAGCUCUGUUUAUCUUGUGAUCGUGAAGUUCAUUCAACUAAUCCAUUAUUCACUAAACACACUAGAUCAUUACUUUGCGACGGUUGUGAUUCGUCGCCGGCGUCGAUUUUCUGUACCACCGACGCCGUCGUUCACUGCCAGAAUUGUGACUGGGAAACCCAUAACAAAACCGGGUCGGGUUCGGGCUCCGGGUCGGGUCAUGACCGGAGACCGCUUGAAGGGUUUAGUGGGUGUCCUAGUGUCAGUGACUUGUUGUCAAUUUUGGGGUGUGAGGAUUUGAGUAAAAAAGGGGUUUUAUUUGGUUGGGGUAGUGAGGGUGGGUCCGAGUUUAUUGGGUCGGGUCGGUCAAACGGGUCGGGUGAUGGGUUUUCGGAGUAUCUUGUUUGGGAUACUCCGAGUUUUGUUAGUCUUGAUGAUUUGAUCGUUUCAAGUGGUUCAAAUCAUAAUUAUCAAGCUAUGGGUGUUCCUCCUUUACCUAAGAACCGGAAUGCUGCUUUUGGAACAUAUAAAGAUGAACUUCUCCGCCAGCUUCGUGAAUUAGCCAAGUCUGAACCAAAUGUGGAUAAUGAUCAAGACAUGAUUAAAUCAACAAGUGAGUUUCAAUCACCGAUGGUAACCACACAAGACAUCCGAUUCAAAGGUAGGAGUUCAGGAUUCGAACAUAAGUUGGAGCCAAAUGUAUAUUCUUCAUAUGAGGCGAAUCCAUUUCAAUGGUGCCCUGAUAGUUCUGAAACUAGCGGGCUGGAGUUUUAUUCUGACCAAUUGGUGGGAAAUAACACAGAGGCAAACUGCAUAGUUCCUGACGAAAAACAUAAUAAUGUACAUAAAUCAAGCCACACCAAUGCCAAUCAUGAAGGUCAGUCACAUCACACUGUUGUUGAAAAUGCACCAGCCUUUCCUGCUGUUGCUCUACGUGAACUUAACAACCAGGAGAGAGAGACGGCAUUAACACGAUACAAAGAGAAGAAGAAAUGUAGAAGGUACGAUAAGCAUAUUAGGUACGAGUCACGAAAGGUGCGAGCUGAAAGCAGAACAAGGAUUAGAGGACGUUUUGCCAAAAUGGAUCGAUGAACUAAUCUGAAGAGCGUUGAGUUUGAUGAUUGAUAGAUGAUAGGGUAUAGUAGAGAGUUGUGCUAUGGUAAAUGGAAAUCGGUGGUCAAAGAUGCUCAUGAGCGCUGCCUAGGUUUCCACUUGCUAUAGUUUUUCUGCAUAGUUUAUCAAGCGCUUAGUAAGAGUGAUUAGAUUAGUGGUGUUCAUGUAUCAUCAGUUUUCGGAGUAUGUUUGUCACAAGUUACUUGUAAAUAAAAUAAAGCCGAGUUUCAUUUUAUCGGAUGAACAUCAUCUUCCAUAUAGAAGUGGGAAAAUAGAAGUCAGGAGAGUGGAUAAUAGCCCAAGACAGAUAACUUUUGUAUGGUUCAAAACGAGCCGGGUUAGGUUGACCCUAAAUAUUUUCUGCUAGAUUCUUUUAAAUUUAUAUCGAUAACAAUCUCUUUUUUUUUU